UUCCGAGCAUUGAUGUUUGCGAUCACGGUAUGGAUCUCUACAUUGCUAAAAUUCUCUCGUAUGUUUGUUUCCAGAUGGAUUUCGCGGAGAUCGAUAGGCUCCUGGGCGCUGCAUGGCUCGGCGCUGCUUUAAUCUGUGUCGCGGCGGCGCUGCCAAUUAAAGCGCUCCAUCCUCUCCGAUCUCUGGUGCUUGCCUGCUGCCGUAGAGGAAAGCUCCUCUAUUCUUCUUCUUCUUCGUCAAAGAGAUUCACUGUUCCACAGAGCUUCUUCACGCACUUCUACGUUGUUGGUGUGACUUGGAACACUCUUUUGCUCGCCACGGCCACACUCUCGUCGUGCAUGUGUACACUAUCAUCAGCAACAGAUGGAAUCCAGUUCUCGGCGCUGGUCGAGCAAUUCACCGGGGCUGGAGCUUCCGCCGGCUCGGGCUCCAUCCCGUCCAUGGCCAAGCAGAAGCAACGGGGCUGGACGGUCGUCCUUUUGCUACUCCUUAUGGAGCUCCAGGUGUGCCGGAGGCUUUACGAGUCCCUGAUGGUUCUAUCCUAUGGCCCGGACGCUCGGAUGCAUCUCCUCGGCUACCUCGUCGGACUCUUCUUCUAUGUGGCAGCUCCACUCUCGCUGUGCUGCCAAGAAAUCGGAGAGAUCAUGAUCAACACUCUCGGCACGGUCUCACAGGGCCGGUUACGGAGUUCGUGCGCUUGGAACCCCGACACGCGGUGGUGGGAAUGUUUCCAUUACUCGCCAUGGAGGCUGAACUGGUACCAGUGGCUGGGUGCGCUACUCUUUCUAUGGGGGUGGUACCACCAGUACAAGUGCCAUCAGAUCUUGGCCUCGCUCUCGAGCGAAGAAGAGUCAGGAGAAGGCAAAACGUACGUGAUACCAUAUGGGGACUGGUUUGACAAAGUUUCCUGCGCUCAUUACCUCUCCGAGAUCGUCAUGUACUUCGGCCUCGUGUUUGCAAGUGGAGGGACGCAAGCUACGAUAUGGUUUUUACUCGCCUGGGUGUUCUCAAAUCUCUAUCUGGCCGCCAAGGAAACACAUGAGUGGUAUCUGUCCAAGUUCGAGAACUAUCCCAAGAACAGGAAGGCGUUAAUACCGUUUCUUUACUGAAGCAUGGCAAGCACAUAUGUAUAUCUAUGAAUGUACACGACGAAGAAAGCAAAGUUUGUAAGUAUACUGCCCGAGUUUGUGUCAAUAAAUUCCCAGGAUCUUGGUACGGUGCUUUAACAUGUUUUUCUUUUUACUGUAGUAAUAAAAGUAAGUACUUCGCUAAUCAUCCCCCGCAUCCAGCAGUUUUCUUUACAGUAAAAGCAGUACCACCAGGUGGGGGGGAUGGCGU